AUGGGCAUAGGCCCCAGGCAACGCCAAGCAAGGCUUGAUGAAUAUGGGGAUGAGAUUGAGGAAGAGAGUGAGGAGGAUGAAGGGAGUGGAGAUGAGGAAGACAAUGAUGAAGAAGGCAGUGGUGAGGAGAGCACUGAGGAAGGAAGUGAUGAGGAAGAGCAGGAAGAGGAAGAAGGGGAGGCCCAAGAUUUGCAUAGGGAGCCUCCUACUGCUACGCAUGAUGACCACCAUGAUCAGGCCACCUUGGAAGCCCGUCUGGCUCAGAUUGAAGAGAAUCAAGCUGCUUUGAGUCAGGAAAUCAAGGAGACUCAGGCCGAAUUGAAGCAAAAGCUUGAAGAGAGUCAGGCUUAUAUGAAGUAA